AUGGGGAAUCUUCUGAAUUUAACCUUUUACAUAUUUUUUUUAAAUAUGUAUAUGAACAUAAACAAUGCUACAAUAAUAGAUGGUGUUCAAAGUGAUGACCAUAUGAAAAAAAGAGAUUAUAAUUUAAGAAAGGGUUCGUUAACAAAAAGUAAAUUUCCACGUACUCCUGAGGAUUAUUUAAAGACAGAUUUGGGGGGUUUUCAAAAAAUGGGAGAAGGUUCUUAUUAUGAAAUAAAUUUACGUGAUAAUCGUACUGAUUUGUUAGAAAAUGUAAAUAACUCCAAUAAUCCUUCUGUAGAAGAUGAUGGAAAUAUAAAAUAUAGAUCAUUUUUAAGAUCUGAUGUACGAGAAGAACUUAAAAAGAAUAUUGAGAUGCAACAAGAGGAUAAGAAUUCACAAUCAAAGUCACAACUACCAGAAAAUUCGCUCGAAUCAGAAAAAAAAAAUAUAGCUAAUGAUUCUGAAUCUAGAAAUGAUGAAAAAAAGGAAGAAGUCAAAGCUAAAGAAGAUGAAAAUUUAGAAGAAAAACGGGAAGAAGUAGAUUUAAAAGCAGAGACAAAAGAUGCAUUAACAAAACAGGAGGAAGAGAAAUCACGCCAAACUGAAUUUGAAAGUCCUAGAGGACCUAAAGAUAAUUUGGAUGAACAAGAAAAAUCAGCAAAUUUGCCUAAAGACAUGGCACCACGAAACCUAGAGUCAGAUGAUAACAAGCAAACACAACUACCACUGCCAGAGUUGGAAGAAUCAAAUAAAUCACAGUUGGAUGAAGAAAAAAAUGAAGAUAAAGAAAAUGAUAAAGAUAAUACGGAUAAAAAUGUAGAAGAUGGAAAAAAAGGAGAAAAAGACGGGAAAAAAGACAGAACUGAAGGAAACUUAGAAUCAGUAGUACAAAUGAAAGAGGAAGCCGGGUCAGGUGGAAAACCACCACAAGAAACAUUUCCAGGAGGAAAAAAAUUAAAAAAUAUAGAUUCAAACGAAGGAUCAGAAGACGGAAAAAAUAAAUUACCAACAUCACAACAGUCAGAUGAUUUACAGAAUGCCCUAGCAUCAUCAGUAACGCCAGAAGAAACAGUAAAUGCUAAAGAUAAACUAGAGAAACAACCACCACAAGAAAAUCCAAAGUUACUAGAAGAAGACGUCGAACAUAAACAUCAAGAAGAUGAACAGAAGGAAUUACAGAAAUUGAAGCAUCAAAAACAACAAGAGGAAGAAGAAGAAGAAAAAAAAAAAAGAGAAAAAGAGCGAGAAAUGAAAGAGGAACAAAAAAAAGAAGUUAAAGAACCCGCCAAAACGCAAACAGAAAAUGUAUUUGAACAGCCAAAUAUUCCUCCAAGGGAUAACGAUGAUAUAUAUCACAAAGAGAAAGAUGUAAAUAAAAGAAAAGAGGAAGAAAAAAGAGGAGAAGAGGAAGAAAAAAGAGAAGAAGAGGAAGUAAAAAGAGAAGAAGAGGAAGAAAAAGAGAAGAGGAGAAAAAAGAGAAGAGGCAGUAAAAAGAGAAGAAGAGGAAGAAAAAGAGGAGAAGAGGAAGAAAAAAGAGGAGAAGAGGAAGAAAAAAGAGGAGAAGAGGCAGUAAAAGAGAAGAAGAGGAAAAAGAGAGAAGAGAGAAAAAGAGAAGAAGAGGAAGAAAAAAGAGGAGAAGAGGAAGAAAAAAGAGGAGAAGAGGAGAAAGAGGAGAAGAGGCAAGAAGAAGAGGAAGAAAAAAGAGGAGAAGAGGAAGAAAAAAGAGGAGAAGAGGCAGUAAAAAGAGAAGAAGAGGAAGAAAAAAGAGAAGAGGCAGUAAAAAGAGAAGAGGAAGAAAAAAGAGAAGAGGAGACAGAAAAAAGAGAAGAAAAAGAAGAAAAAAAACAGCAAGUGGAAAAAGAAGAAGAGGAAGUAAAAAAAGAAGAGGAGGCAGUAAAAAGAGAAGAAGAGGUAGAAAAAAAAGAAGAGAAGGAAAAAAUGGAAGUCCACCAGGAGGGAGCAGAAACAUACAAUGAAGAAGAUAGGAAAAAAGAUUACGGAGAUGUCAUUAAUUUUAAAAACUCAGCUGAAAAAUCAAUCCACUCCACGAUUGAUUCAAUUGAUACUGAAAAGACCGUUUCAGAUACACUUCAUGGUUUAUCGAAAGAUAUGACUAACUAUUUUGUUAAAGAUAUGAAUAUUUAG